UGAUUAUCUGUUAAAAUAAUCAUUUAUAUCACUGAUUAUUAUUUUAUUUUCUAUCUAUUUUAAAUAUAUUCAUGUUAUAGUUUAAUUCCACAAUAAAACUAAUGAUUCAGACUCGUAGACUCGUACAAUAGAUAGAUACAAUGAAACGUUAAAGUUCGUAAGUACCUAUCAGCUUAAUAAUCAAUCGAAUUGUAAAUUAACACCGAUUACAUAAACAAGUGACUGUAGUAUGAUUUUGAAUAAUCUCAUUUAAAUCGAGUGUUGGUGGUGGUUAGUGAUAGCAGUGGUUGAUAGACUUCACAGUAGACUGAUAAGAAUAUAACCUAGAACACAACUUUUCAAUUUAAAAAUGUUUAAAGGUCUAGUUGGAUUAGUGACUGGAGGUGCGUCCGGUCUUGGUCGCGCCACCGUCGAGCAGCUGCUGAAGCAAGGUGGUAGAGUAGUCAUUUGCGACCUGCCUUCAAGUCCUGGACAAGAGACAGCGAAGCAGCUUAAAGAAAAUGUUGCAUUUGUGCCUGUUGAUGUUACAUCAGAAAAGGAUGUCAAGAAUGCAUUACAAACCACCGUAGACAAGUUUGGUCGCUUGGAUGUUGUUGUGAACUGUGCUGGUAUAGCCACAGCGUCUAGAAUCUACAACUUUAAGAAGGAACAGCCAUUUGAUUUGAAAUCUUUCCAGAAAACUAUUGAGGUUAAUUUAAUUGGAACUUUUAAUGUGAUCCGGCUGUCAGCUGGUUUGAUUGGUAAGAAUGCCCCCGAUGCUGAUGGCCAGCGAGGAGUCAUUGUGAACACUGCUAGUGUUGCUGCUUUCGAUGGACAGAUUGGUCAAGCGGCCUACUCUGCAUCAAAAGCUGGCGUAGUGGGUAUGACUUUGCCCAUAGCCAGAGACCUUGCAAAGCAGGGCAUAAGAGUAGUCACCAUUGCUCCAGGUUUAUUCCGAACACCAAUGAUGGAGCAGCUACCUGAACCAGCAAUAAAAAGUCUUGAAGCCACCGUGCCAUUCCCUCCUCGGCUGGGACACCCUCAGGAGUUUGCAUUGAUGGUCCAAAGCAUCAUACAGAACCCCAUGCUCAACGGUGAAACCAUCCGUCUUGAUGGCUCACUUCGGAUGCAGCCUUAGGUAUUGUACAAAGAAACUUAG